AUGCUGCGAGCCGAGCCAUGGCCGCGCGACAAGAUCCCUGAUCCUACGUCCCCCGCAUGGCGCGACUUUUUAGCGCAGCUGGUAAAGGAGUCGUUUUCUGCUCUGCGGAAGACCAAUACGUCUGCACGAUGGAAAUCGCUCACGCCCGGCCGUAUAUCCUUGGCGUCCAUUCCGUCGAUGGAGCCCAAAGGCACGCGCUUGCGGGGCGCGCACUGGCACUCGCGUUCUUCGAUCCAUUUCCCGGAGGAGACGGGUGUUUCGUUCGAUGCAUUUGCCGAUGGUCUCCUGCACCACCAUACCGAGAAUGAACAACAGUAUAUCCAUGCUCUCGAGCAGGCCGAGUGUCUGGAGGUGCUCGUCCCCGAUGUGGCGUCCAUUUGGCAUCUCAAGUACCGCACGCCCUGGGGAACGGCGAAUCGCGACUUUGUCGAACUGGUGAUUACUCUGCCUCUGCUCGCACAUGAAUUGCCGUUCAGCAACUUCCAUGAAGAAGUGAUGGUCGACGCACUGCACACCGAUUCGCUGCCGAACGGCCAUGUCCCUCACGGCGCCGUAGGCACGCGCCGCUCGUUCCUGGUAAUUAGCCAGCCCAUUGCACACCCCAGGACCCAAGGCUACGUACGUGCGUAUUAUGCCAGUGCCGAGGGCGUCCGCGAAGAUUCGAUUGCCACGCGGGCCGACGAUACAUGCGUCCAGUGGAUGCUUACGACACAGACCGAUGCACAGGGUUCGAUUCCGCAAUGGAUCCAGGAAUGGGCCAUGCCCAGUCAGAUUGCAGCGGACGUCCCUGCCUUCUUCCAAUGGGUGCAUGCGAAAAAGGCAUAG